AUAAAUAAGCCCCCUUUAAGGGCUCCUGAUAAGAUCUAGACUACAUGUACAUGAUAUUGCUUUUAAAUCAAGAUGUUGAAUCAACGGAAUUGGAUUGUUCCAGGGCGAUUUUUACUUGGUUGUUUGCAUAGAGCUCGUUUAUAUGGAUGUGAUAAUGUUUCCAAAUGCCUACAAGAGCUAAGUGACAUCUCUAUUACUCCUGGAAGUGAGGAGUACAACUCCAAGACAAGAAUGUACAAUCCAGCAUUUGCUCAGGAGCACCCUGCCUUUGUAGCUUUACCAAACUCUGUGGAUGAAGUUCAAAAGUGCUUGAAGUCUGCUAACUUCUACAAGGUGCCACUAGCCGUUCGAUCGGGAGGGCAUUGCUUUUCUGGAUAUUCGACAAUCGACAGUCGUGGUUUCGUUUUGUCCUUGAAUAAACUAAAAGCCAUAAAAUGGUCAGACAACUCUGUUAAAGUUCAAGGGGGUGCUUCCUGGAGAGAUGUGUACAAUCAAAUGGAUAACGAUGUUCUUGUUGUGGGUGGUUGUUGCCCUACAGUAGGAAUAGGUGGGUAUGUCUUGGGAGGCGGCUAUGGUUUGUUGUCACGAAGAUUUGGUCUUGCUUCGGAUAAUGCUCUUAGUAUGACCAUGAUCACUGCUGAUGGAGAGAAUGUUGUGAAAGCAAGUCCGAAAGAAAACAGCGAUCUAUUCUGGGGACUUUGCGGUGGUGGAGGUGGUAACUUUGGUGUCCUUUUUGAUGUUGAGUUUAAAACUCACACAGCCCCGCCAAGUUUCACUUGGAGCUCUUUCAGUUUUCAUAACUCACAACAGUCCGAGCAAGCUCUCAAGUUGAUUGCAGACUGUGUUCAUAUGAUACCGGAUGGAUUAAAUAUUGACAUGUUGAUACACAAGUUGCCGGGUUAUAAUCAGUUGGUUGUGGAUGCAGUGUACUCCAACGACGAAAUGGAGCAAUUUCCACUUUUAAAACAACUUCGAAAGAUUGUGGAUACCAAGUAUCUGGAUAUAAAACACUAUGAUAAGUACAAAGUGCUUUCAGAGGAAUACGCUCUUCGUCAUGGAUAUGUUCAUUUCGAAGGAAAACCGGUGUACAUGAAGGGGUCUUUCUUGGACGAUUUCCCACCUCAAUUGGCAGAUAUAUUGAUUGAAUUGGACCUACCCAACAAUCCACUUGGGAUUAUCGAGUUUGUUCAUGUAGGUGGACAGAUAGCAACAAAAACAUCUUCUUUUUCUGCUUACCCCCAUCGACAGGCUCAAUACAACUGCUAUACUUAUGGCCAGUUUAGAAACAAAUCUGACUGGGGAACAGUUUUCAAUUUUGCUACUGAAGUGCAUUCUGUGUUGGCUGCAGGGGGUUACACCAAGGGGUCCUAUGUUAACUACAUAGAUCUUUUUCUAGGCAAUUGGCAAGAAGAGUACUAUGGUGACAACUAUGCUCGUUUGUGCGAUCUCAAGAGAGAGUGGAAUCCUGUUGACAACGGUGGACCACUGCAUUUUAAGCAGGAGAUCGGCUCAACUUACGAACCCACAAUUCUUGAGCCGAAGUACUCAUAAGUAGCUAGUUAUGAGUAGAUGUUAUAAUAAAAUUUACGUGUAUAGCUGUUGCAUGGUAAUUGUUUAAUCACAAUGAAAAUCUUAGACCCAGGAAUGUUUUAGUGGACUCUCUUAA